AUGGAUCGAGCUGCAACAAUCCGAUCCAUUACAAAAAGAUUGUUGGUGUAUUCAGAGGAAAGAAAGCUCUUCAUGCAGAAUCCAGCCAUCAAUAUGGCAGAAUUCACCCAUGAAAGCACGGAAGAUCAAGAGGAAGAAAGUUUGCAGGAGGAAGUAUUAGAUUUUGCACCAGCAGCCCUGGAUGAUUCUCUGCCAGAAGUAGAAGAUCCUUUGCAGUAA